AUGGCGCCGCUGGAUACGCAUGGGAAACAGGGUGACCUCAAAGUGGUCCAUGACCGUGAUGCCGGCAAUAGCUUCGAGCAUGUACCAGUACACGCUUACCAUCGGCUGAGUGUCCAUGUCACGUGGCCCGGGGCCGCGAGCAUCAAAGUACGGCGCCACCAUCUCGGGAUAGGUUGCGUCAGGCAGCAGGUUGAGCCCGAGGAUGCGGCCGACCUGGAUCAGGUUGAUGUGCGAGCCGUCGGCGUUGUCGGUGCGGUCGUACUCGACGUCCUUGAGCUGCAGCUCGACCAGCGGCUCGUGGCUGUUGCGCACCAGAUGCCACACGAUUUCGCGCGCCGAAAUGCUCCACUUGAGCAGCGCAUUGCUCCCGCUGAUGCUGCUGCUCUCGCUGCCGGCCUCGGCUGCCGCUGCUGCUGCUGCUGCUGCUGCUGCUGCUGCCUCGUUCGCUUCGUUGCGCGCCUGCGACCGCGUGAUCGCCUGCAUGAUGAAGAACAGCUCGUCCUCGCACGCGGCCAGGUCGCGUUCCAGCAGCAGCCGUUCCUCCCAGCCGCGUCUGUCCAGGUAUUUGGAGUGGAUCUGGAAGUGCGUCUUGAUGUCCUCGAGCUGCCGCACCCGCUCCUGCAGCCGGAUCACCACCUCGGGUGCGCCACGCAGGUCGCUGAAGUCUGA